AUGAACUACCAACGAAUGGCCAUUGAGAAAGAGGCCCCGGAGGAGGUCGGAAUCACGAUCAAGUACAAUCUUUCUGAGAGCGCCAUAUCAGACCAGACGCUCAAGUCAUUGAAUAUCACGAUCCCCCCAGAUACCGUGCUAACUUACACGGAGCACAAGGGCAGUUCCAAGAUUCGCUCUUUCGUCGCUCAAGCUUCUAAUGGGCACAUUGACCCAGAGGACGUUCUUGUGACGGCAGGCGCCUCGACGUCUCUCUUCAUCAUCAAUAGCGCUCUUCUGAGCUCUAGGGACCAUGUGAUUAUCACGCGUCCCAACUACGCGACCAACCUGGAAGUUCCGCGCGCCAUCGGCUGCGACAUUACUUGCGUCGAUCUCGAAUUUGAAUCUCAGUACCGCUUGGACAUUGGCCGUGUUAGCGCCGCCAUUCGCCCCGGCGUCACCAAGCUUAUUAGUAUCUGCUCUCCCAACAACCCUACAGGUACAAUGCACACCGGCUCCGAGCUCCGGGCUCUUGCGGACCUUGCCAAAGAAAAGGGGUGCCACCUUCUUGUUGACGAGACGUACUCGGAGCUCAAGUACGCCUCUCAUCACCUAGAGGGAGUGGAUGCAAUUCCAGCAGCGGCUUCACUUGGCAACCACGUCAUUGGCGUUUCCUCCAUGUCCAAAGCCUAUGGCGUUCCCGGAAUUCGCGUUGGUUGGCUCACCACCACCAACACUCGCCUGCAAGAGACAUUUCUCGCUGCCAAGGAACAGAUUAGUAUCUGCGGCAGUAGCCUCGACGAAAUCUGUGCUGAGCAAAUCCUGUCUCGGCGGAACGAGCUGAUUCCCGCCACCAUUGCCGAUAUGCAGAAGCGGAGAGACCGCGUUGCGAGCUGGAUCGCUGAGGAGAGCGAGUGGCUGGAUUGGGUGAGACCAGAGGCAGGAGUAAUGUGCUUUGUCAAGAUCAAAAAGGAGCCGGUUGGAGGAUUAGGCGCAUUCUACGCAACAUUGCUGGAGAAGCAUGGGGUUUACAUUGGCCGAGGAGGCUGGUUUGAGAGGGAUGAUAGUUUUUUCCGACUGGGAUAUGGGUGGCCAACGUGGCAGGAACUGGAAGAGGGACUUGUCUGUAUCUCAAAGGUUCUCCGGGGAUGA